CCUCCACUCAGCCGUACAGAUAUUCACGCGCACAUAAGAAGAUAAACUUGAAUACCGAUCAAAAAAAUAUCAAAUUUCAUGAAACACUGAGCCAACGCAAUUCAAAUCCAGCUGCAACUCGUUUCUUUCUACUUCUUUCAGUCUAUUUUUGUGUGUGUGCAUCACCACUGUGCAAGCAAACAUGUUUCCACCAAAUGUGUUCAGCUAGGCUGCGAGAAGGGGAAAGGAAGAAAUGAGUUAGGGAAGAUUAUGGAGGAGGUCUGGGGUCUGGGAUGUGGGCAGCGUUUGAAGAAAAGGAAUGUAUCAGAGAGUAGGCAACCGUCGCUGGUAGCUGGAAAACACACACACACACACACACACAACCAAAUGCAGGUAGACUGACACACACUCCUGUGCAGCUCCUGAGGGUUUCACUGGGGAUUUAAGACAACCUGCCUACGUUGUGUCACGUCUGAUCAAACAGGAUUGUCAUCACACCAGUUGUCUCCAUGGCUCUCUUGCACUAUGCCAUGUUGGUGCUACUAUGUGGUUUUGGUUCUGCCACGACCACCGUUGUGGUUGACGCAGACUAUGGAGGCAUUCCUCUGUGGAUUAACCGCCUGCUGGGUGAGCCCAGUGUGCUGAGUCUGCAGGGCCGAAUGGAUCCAGCCUGGUUCAGGGCUAAUAACCCAGAGGCCUGCCCUCAACAGUGUGACUGCCCCAUCCAGUGGCCCACAGCGCUCUACUGUGACCACAGAGGCCUGGUGCACAUCCCUGACCACCUGCCAGACCGAACUGAAUACUUGUUUCUACAGGGAAACAACAUCUCCUCCCUAUCCUCUUCUGACCUGGCCAACAUUACCAGCCUUCGUUGGCUCAUCCUGGAUAACAACAAACUGCAGAGUGACACACUGGAGCAGGCAGCUUUACAGAACCAGACCCAGUUGCUUUACCUUUUUGCCAACCACAACCAACUGACUUUGGUGCCGAGUGAUUUACCAGCCGGACUCAAGCAGCUACGACUGGCCCACAACCAAAUCAGCAGCAUCACCCCAGGAGCCUUCCAGAACCUGCACAACCUGACGCUGCUCCUGCUACAGGGAAACAAACUGCAAAUCAUCACAGAGGGAGACCUCAAAGGCCUGGUCAGUCUGAACCUGCUGGACCUCAGUGGAAAUUUGUUUUCAACCAUACCCAGGCCUCUACCGCCCUCCAUCCAGCAGCUCUAUCUGUCAAACAACUCUCUCUCUGGACUGGCUGAGAACAGUUUUGAGGGAUUUUUCAACCUCAAGUACCUUCGUUUGAGUCACUGUGGCCUGAAGAACCUUAGUAUCCACCCACAGGCCUUCAACCACUCCAGCUUGGUGGAGCUGGAUCUUUCUUAUAACAAACUGACCAAAAUUCCCACAGUGCCCACCACUCUGCAGUACCUAUACCUGGAGGCCAAUGAAAUAAAAGAGUUCAGUGUGCCCAGUUUAUGCAGAGAGGUGGGACCUCAGUCCUAUUCCAGGAUCAAGAUCUUACGACUGGAUGGAAACAAAAUGUCCUACCAGCAGCUACCCCCCGACUGGGUUUUCUGCCUGCGAGUGAUUCAAAGUAUUUACAUUUGAAAUAUUUAGAAAUAAAUAUACAAGAUCUCCAGCUUGUGACUGGAAAGUCAAACAAUCAAGACCAGAGGACACCGGAGUAAACUUAUCAUCAGAGGCUGAACUCAACACUAAACCAGUCUGAUUUUAGGUCAAUGCAAAAAGAAAUGAUCAAAACUGUUCUCAAAGCAGUGCAGUCCCAUGACUGUCUCUCCCUCAUAUUUCCAUCCUUUCCAAGUUCUGCCUCAUCAGUCUGCUACAUCUGUGUGUUAUUAACAAACAAGCACAGCGUCUCAUUGCUGACCUCACUGAAUACUCAGCUCUGGUUACAAUGAGCUGUGUCGGGGGAAAGGGAAAACAUGCCCGAAUGGUAAAAUCCAGUAGCUUCUCCGUGACAGAAUCUGACUCGGUUAGCUGGACAAUGUUCAACAGCAACGCAGCUGGGCAAGAAAACAUGUUUUACUUGAGACAUUAAAGUAUUAACACAUUUGUAAACCUUGUUUAAAUAAAAUGUUGGUACUUGAAGAUUGAUGUUCAUGAUCCUUGCCAUGAAAUUUGUUAUGUACAUUAAAACAGAGAAAUAAAAUAGCUUUUCAUAUA